AGCCUUUGGCCCAAACUGCAAUCGUUUUAAGGGAUUUCUCCUCUCCAGUCUGUCACGAUGUGUUCUGCAGGAUAUCUCCAUACAGUCCUUCUCCGAAGUGAUGGGAGCGCUGUUACUUGCGGAACGAACUUCGCUGAACAAUGCGACAUUCCACCUUUGGAGGGAAUUAGGUACACCCAAGUUUCUGCAGGAGAUCAUCAUUCAGUGCUUCUGCGAAGUGAUGGGAGCGCUGUUGCUUGCGGAACGAACAGAGAUGGACAAUGCAGCAUUCCACCUUUGGAGGAGGGUGUGCGCUACACCCAAGUUUCUGCAGGAGCGAUUCAUUCAAUGCUUCUCCGAAGUGAUGGGAGUGCUGUUUCUUGCGGAACGAACAGAGAUGGACAAUGCGACAUUCCACCUUUGGAAGAGGGUGUGUUCUACACCCAAGUUUCUGCAGGAUCUCGUCAUUCAGUGCUUCUGCGGAGUGACGGGAGAGCCAUUGCUUGCGGAAUGAACGAAUGCCGACAAUGCGACAUUCCCCCUUUGCAGGAGGGAAUGUUCUACACUCAAGUUUCUGCAGGAGUUUCUUAUUCAGUGCUUCUGCGAAGUGAUGGGAGCGCAGUUGCUUGCGGGGCGAACUAUCAUGGACAAUGCGACAUUCCACCUUUGGAGGAGGGAGUGUGCUACACCCAAGUUUCUGCAGGAGGUUGUCAUGCAGUACUUCUGCGAAGCGAUGGGAGCGCUGUUGCUUGCGGAAUGAACGAAGAAGGACAAUGCAACAUUCCCGUGUUUGCAACCGGUAGCUACCUUUUUGUUUGUGGCAAAGACUACAUUCUGCAAUUGCGCGCUGCCCUGGAAGAUGAUGGAGCGGUGCUGACAUGCUGUGAUUUGGCCGGACAUGAGGUAUUGCGAUUGAGAGGAAAAGCGUCGGACCCGGCCUGGGAGACUCACAAGCGCAUUGCCAGUGACUUGCAGGUUAGCCUUCAAAAUCUUCGUCUGGUCUUGCCUGAUGGACAGUUGUUGGCCUCGAUCUGCAGGGCAAGUCCAUUGGCCACCAUUGCAGAUCUGAGUGAGUGAGGUGUGUCCCGUGUUCUAGCUCCGUCAGGAACAAAAGCCACACGGCACAAGUCAAUUUUCGCCGUGUUGUUGCUUGCGAAUUGUCAAUGGACGAUGCUCUGAUACCCAUGCAGAGUUUGGCUGUGGGAUCGAAAACUUUUGGCAGCCACGAAAA